CGUCUAACGUGUGCGACGCACGUGUGCGUGGAGUAAAAGUGAAGCGAUGGCGACGGACAGGCUUCAAUUUCACGAAAUGGGACUAGACGACCGUCUUUUAAAGGCGGUGGCGGAUCUGGGUUGGUCCCAGCCCACCUUGAUCCAGGAGAAGGCCAUCCCUCUGGCUCUGGAGGGCAAAGACCUUCUGGCUCGGGCCCGGACCGGCUCGGGAAAGACUGCUGCUUAUGCCGUGCCAGUCAUCCAGCGCAUCCUGGCCUCCAAACAGACUGUCCGCGAGCAGGAUGUGAGAGCUCUGAUCCUGGUUCCCACCAAAGAACUGGGCCACCAGGUGCAGGCUAUGAUGAGGGAGUUGACGGCGUACUGCUCGAGGGACGUCCGUGUGGCGGACGUCUCUGGCAGAGCGGACGUUUCCGCACAAAGGCCCAUCCUGAUGGAGAAGCCCGACGUGGUCGUGGGGACGCCGUCGCGUGUGCUGGCCCACAUCAACGCACAAAACCUGGUCCUGCACGCCUCGCUGGAGAUGCUGGUGGUGGACGAGGCCGACCUGCUCUUCUCCUUUGGCUUCGAGGCCGACCUGAAGAACCUGCUGUGCCACCUGCCAAAGAUCUACCAGUCGUUCCUCAUGUCAGCGACCUUCAGUGAGGAUGUCCAAACCUUAAAGGAGCUCCUGCUGCAUAAUCCUGUGACUCUAAAGCUGCAAGGCUGUCUGCUGCCAGACGCCAGCCAGCUGCAGCAGUACACUAUCAAGUGUGAGGAGGAGGACAAGUUCCUGCUCAUCUACACGCUGCUCAAGCUGCGGCUGGUCCAGGGCAAGUCGUUGAUCUUUGUGAGCGAGGUGAGCCGAUGCUACCGCCUCAAGCUCUUCCUGGAGCAGUUCAGCAUUCCCGCCUGCGUGCUCAACUCAGAGUUGCCCGUCCAGUCCAGGUGUCACAUCAUCACACAGUUCAAUCAAGGCUUCUAUGACUACAUCAUCGCCACAGACGAGCGCAGUCUGGCCGACCCUGCCGCUACGCAGCGUCCUGCGGGCAAAGGCAAGAAGAAGAAGAAGGCGGGAAACCUUCAAGAUAAGGAAUACGGAGUCUCCAGAGGCGUGGACUUCCAAAACGUGGCCAAUGUCAUCAACUUUGAUUUCCCCGCGACCGUCGAGUCCUACAUCCAUCGAGUCGGAAGGACGGCGAGAGCAGACAACCCGGGCACUGCCUUGUCCUUCAUCUCUCACUUCCAGCUGGCUCUGCUCAAGGAGGUGGAGGAGGUGCUGACGGGAGAUAACGCAGAAUCCGCCCUGAAGCCAUACCAGUUCAAGAUGGAGGCCAUUGAGGGCUUCAGGUACAGGUGCAGGGUGAGUGCGGCAGGGUGGAUGCAUGCAUUGCCUUUGUGCAUCAUAACAGAAAACGCACUGAAGCAGACAUAUGACAAUCCUGAAGAGCUUAUGUGGCCGUGGUGGGAUUGUUUCCUGAUGCAGGACGCGAUGCGUUCCGUGACCAAGCAGGCGGUGAGAGAAGCCAGACUGAAGGAGAUCAAGCAGGAGCUGCUCAACUCCGAGAAGCUGAAGACAUACUUUGAGGACAACCCCAGAGACCUGCAGCUCCUCAGACACGACAAAGAUCUCCACCCUGCCAUCAUCAAGGCUCACCUGAAGAACAUCCCCGAUUACCUCAUUCCUGAGGCUCUGAGGGGGCUCGUCAAUCCUCUGUCCGACAGGAUGAGGAGGAGGAGGGAAAAGUCCAAAGUGCAUGGAGUCACCAAGAGAAAUUUCAAGAACGUCCAAGGGAAGAACCCUCUGAGGAGCUUCCGCUACACAAAAAGGAAGGGAACGCAAAAGUGAGCCAGUCAUGAAGAACUUUUUAGAUGAAAGAUGAUGAAACAGACGCUCCCGAAACAGCUGAAAUAAACAUCCCAUGUAUAUUCAUAUUUCGAAUAAAACCUCUGUAAGUAGCCACACUGUAUUUUUUUUUUUUUUUUUUUUUUUUUUUUUUUAGAAGUCUUAUUUGUUCUCAAUGUGUUUAUUGAACUUGGAAGCCAUUUACAGCAUAUUUCAACAGAAUGUUCUAGAACCAAUUCAUCCUUCAGUGCUUCUGUGUUCUGGAAGCGUCUUUCACGGUCUUCUUCUAGUACACUUCAUUUAUCAGGAACUGUUUAUUGUACUAUGACAGCUCCAGUCUGGUGUUAUUGUCUACACUGGAUGGUUGUUAUGUAAGUCAUUUCUGUAACUGCACAAACAACAAUAAGUGAUAUGAAGUCAUAAAUCCUGCAUAAGAUGACACCUAGCUCCAAACAUCAGUGCUACAGCGGUCAAAUCCAGAAGGUGAAAGUCCUUCAACAUGACGUGUUGUUGUCAUAGCAGUUUUAAGAGGAUGUCGUGGUCCUGGAAGCUAGUUUAGACUUGUUGGCUCUUCCUGUUGCUCAUUUUCAGUCGAUGGUGAAUUGAAAGGGGUAGUCCUGAGUGGGCACCGAGUCAAAGAUGAUGCUGUCAAACGGGUUUUCAGUGGACCAGUUGUCCACAGGAAACCAGGAGUCGUACCAGGAUGUGGUGGUCUCAGUGCUGCGUGUUGUGGUAGUAGUUGUAGUAGUAGUAGUAGUAGUUGGGGUGGUGGUGGUACCAGGCGUGCUGCCGAGGCCAGCUCGUUGCCUCUGCAGACGUAGCCGACGCAGACGCAGGAUUCGCAGCCGCCUGAGCCGUUCCGCUCUCUGGGCGGCGGCGUGCUCGUCCUCUGUGGAGGUGGUGCUAGCAACCACCGCUGUGUUGCUGGCCGCCGUUGCCUUCACCUCGUUGGUCUUGGUGACCACUCGGAUGGGCCUGUUGCCGUUGAGCGCCAGGAUCUCUUUGAUGCGGUCCCAGUUGGAUUUGGCCAAGGUGAAGCUGCAGGACGUGGCCCCGGAGUCGUAGCCCACCAUGCACAGUCUGGUCUGAGGCGUGUAGCCGUCCGCCUUCGCCGUCACGCGGUACUCUCCGGGAUUCAACAGACGCCAGUAGUCACCACCCGCAGCUGCAACCAGAGACAACGUCAAGCUUUGUCCUCGGAUGAAACUAUGAGAAGGAUUUUGUCAGGGCAGGAAAAGGCACCAGCUAUGACGUCAUGACGUAUCCCCUCCACCGAUAUGGUGGCGUUGGCCAGCGGAUUUCCCUCCACAUCUUUGACCACACCUUUUAUCCCCCGAUGGACCUGGGCAAGAAGACAAAGCAGAUUAAUUCAAAGCUCUCCAUGUUUUAUCCACUGGGAGAUCCUAUGUCACGAUGUCUACAAGCUGGAAAACAUUUCUGGGACUGAACCUUUCUGACUCAUGUCCCCGUCGACAAGGUUUUGUGGGAGUUGGUCAAUAAAGACAACAUGCUCUCCAAUCCCCUCAAGUUUCAGUGUGGUUACUUUAAGGUUCCUUAAUCGGAAACUCUCAAAAACCCAAAGAAAUCCUGGACAACACAGUCCAAGGUUUCUUUAUGGUUUUCUUCUCGGGAUGCACUUGUUUUUGUUCUUUUGGCAGCCUGACGAUGGCACCGUGGUUGUCACCUGCUCAAUGAAGGACAGCAGAGCCUCGCGGUUGUUCUCCCACUCCAGCGGGAGUUCGCUCUCGUGCGGAAACUUGUCACAUCCCAGGAAGAUGGAGAGCUCCAAGCAGUUGGUGUGCAGGUAGCUGAAGUCGUUCAUGCCUGAUGGGGUCACACUCAGUAUGACUUUAGCUGGCUAGCCACUAGCAUUCUUAUGCUAAUCUUAAUGGGAGCAACACUUACUGCCCACCACAGGCUUCCAGUUGGCACCGUUGACGAUGCCCUGGCCUCUAGUGAUGUCGUCCCCGUGACAAGAGCCUCGGUGAGUCUCAGUCAUGGUCAGGUGACUGUGAGCGUACGACAUGGCCAGCCAGCGAAACAUCACGUCAUCUGGUGUCUCCCUCAGGGCGCCCUCGUUCUGACGCUGAAUGCGGGUCCAUGUGUCCUCGCUCAUCUCGGCGUUGCCCCUCCAGUGCCUGCUGUCACUCGACUUGGACACAGCAAGGCCGUCACAAGGUUGGCCCGCUAGCAAAGUCACUUUACACCUCUCCUUACCGAAAUCUGCGGACGCUGCAUGUCGUAAGGGUAUGUGACCAGCUUUUCUCCGCCUUGCAAAUUAGCUCCCAGCACGAAAGGGUUACGCUCCAUCCAGGAAAUGAUGGCUUUGGUUUCCACAGCGAGCUGAAGGAGGCAAUGUGCAGAUGUUUUUGUCUGAACUAGUUUUGCACUGGAACACUACCUCCUCCGCAUUCUACUCACUGAUCCAUUGAGGAAGUUCUCUGGCAUGGGAAUGUGAUGGUUGGGUACGAUACGAGGGACCCAGCCUCGGUCCUCCGCCCCCCAUAAGAUGCUGUUGAGGUCUGGAAAGUUCUGGAAGAUGUCGUAGCCUUCCUCCGUCCAAUGUCCCACAGCCCAGUUCCCCAUCUCGGAACCCUGGGGGACAGGAAGGACGCUGAAUCUUGAACAUGACGCCAAAGGCGUAAGAGUGCUGAAACGUCACCAUCGUACCGCCUCGUACGCCAGCUCGUACGCGUCAGGGUUGAGAGACGGCACCAGGUGGAUUCUCACACCGUCCACCAGGCGACGCACUCGAGGGUUUUCGUCCUUGUACUCCUUGCACAGGAACUGCAUCAGCAGGAGGAGAAGCUCGCGGCCCAGGGCCUCGUUACCGUGGAGGCCUGCUGUGUAACGGAAUUCUGGUUCUCCUAAAAAACCAAAGACAAUCCUCCAGUUUGUUAGCUUGGAGAAAAUGGUCAAUAACAUUGACUAUGUUGCAGGUGGAAGUGUUAUGUUACCUAGCUCAUGCUCGCCAGGAUUGUCAGAGAUCUCCAUAGCGUACAUCUUCAGGCCCUGAGAACUUUUACCAACGUUGUAGAUUCUGGUAAUGUUGGGACACUCCUCAUUUAUCACCUUCAUCAUCUGGAGAACACAAAGACUUCACUUGGCUGCUUGGCAGUUUUGGAAGGUUGUAGGUAUUUUUAUUAGUCGAGAGGCCAACCUGUCUCAUGUCCUUGUAGUUGUGGUGUCUGAAGUCGAGCUCGUCUGAGGACCUCACUUCGUUCUCGCUGUGGUGGCUGCCUGGAAGGAAGAUUGUGGUUCAGAAGAUUGUGGGUCAGUAUUUGCAGGGGUUUUUUUUGGUCUUACUGACUGGGAAGUUGACAGGCCAGAACCUCGGCCCGGAGACACAAGCUUCCGUUCCAGCUCUGAGGCAGGAUGCGGAGGUAUCGCGCCACCACGGGCCAAGAAAACUGGUUCAUGACCGGGGUGUCCUUGUCCACAUUCCCGUAGAACAACUGUAGUGAAACACCACAACGUUUGGUUUGGUUUAACUCCGGGAACGCUGCCACUUUUGUGUUAUGGAAGUUCUAGCUGAUGUUACCCUCACCCACUCAGCGUAGCCAUCGUGAAGAACGGUCCAAUCACGACUGUCAUUGCUGAAGGCCACGAAGUAGGAGGACACAAAGUCCUCGCUGCAAGUAGACAUGCAUGCAGGCUGAUCUUUUAACCAGAGGGUUGAUGUGGACAUAUUCCCAGAAUAGUUACCACAUGCAGGAAAUGUAUUAGCAUUCCCGGGCUAUGCUUAGUAGUAGCUAGCAUCCAAGGCUUAGUUAAUGGCAUUUCCUGGCACUAGCAUUCCUAAUUUCUUGGCCAGUCACUUACAUUCUUUGGCUCUCCCCAGCAUUCCUUCGCUGGUCUUUAGUAUCUACUACGUAAGGCUGUCAAAGUUGAUGGAAAUUUCCUUUUAACUGCACUUUUUUUUUUUGACACGCGAUUAAUGUGAAUAUGUCCCACACCGUAGUUUGAGAAAACACAGCGGUGGAUGUGGAGCCACAAGCGGAAAUGAAUACUGAGCAGAAAUGGGGAAAGAAAAGUUUUUUUUGAUUGGGAAGUUGAGCUUCAAAACCCUGGCAGAUUGCUCUCUGCACAAGACCAGUAUCAACUGUCACUGAGAGUUGAGUUGUCACUGAGUACGUCCACUGCCAGGGAGACGCGAGGAGGUACUGGAGCGCUGCUGGUAUAUUUUUUUUAUUGCCAUUUAUUCAGUGUUUUUUUUGCUUUGAACUGCGAACUAAAAUUUGGGUGAGGAACUGCUAGUUACUGGCAGGCAUAGCCGAGGACAGCUGUUUGGGCGCUUGUGUCAACGUGAGUGUCAAAGUGGGUGUAAAUAGCAUUAGCAGUGCGCUAGUCCGUUUUUUUUUCUACACAUCAGUAAAACAUACGUACAUUAUAGCCAUCCAAUUGAUCUUAUUUGUGUAAAACUAAGACAGGAACUACAUCAAAUUAAAAGCACGAAAUGAAUACAGAGCCACCAUCCACCAGAACCAGCCUGGACUUUGUUUUUCGCCACCAUCCACCAGAACCAGCCUGGACUUUGUUUUUCAGAGAGGUGCAUGGAACAAAUGCACAUUAGCACUCAAUAGGGUCAUCAAAUCUUACCUUUAUGCAUUCCCACACAGUAUCAGCAUUUGGGAGCAAAUGUGAGGUGAAAGAAAAAGGGUAAAAAUACAAUAUAGUCGUCUACCUGUGCAGAUGGUGCAUUCAAGGACCGUCCAACAAAGUGGGACAAGUUGCCGCUCGCAUUACACUGUGGGAUUUCUAACUACAGUCAAACCUGUCUUAGCGGCCACCUGUAUAUAACGCCACCUGCCUAUAGCGGCCACUGAAAAAUCCCCCGCAACAAAUUUACAUGUUAUAGACCCUGUGUAUAGCAGUCACCUGUCUAACGCGGCCAGCGGCCACCCAUUUUGUCUCCCUUGGUCAAUAUCUGACCGCAUAUAGCGGCCAAAAUACCGACUCAAGCAGAAGCUUCAUGCACGAAAAAGUUUAGUUUUUUAAUCAAUGAAGACGUCGUGUGUAGACUUUAAUUACUGAGUCCUAGCUCAGUCACAAUCAUUCACAAGAUCCACACAAACUGUCAGUUGUUCCACAUAAAAAAAAAGCCGUCUUCUUUGGAGCUUGUUGCAGAUAGUGACACCGUUUACUUCCUGGUGUGAGACAAUGUGCACUGGUCAAUACUGUAAUGCCGCUUGUUGCGGGGAAGGAGAGACUCACGUCGCCGAUGCACUUUAAUUGCUUUAACAGCGGAGAACACUGCAGGACAUUACAUCCACGCCAACAUAAACACACUUCCCAACUCUCUCCACACUCACAGCUAGCACUCAGCCUAGCUCUCCUGCUCGGGACGCCCACUGUCACUUCCCGUCACUUCCUGAUGAACUAAAGCUGUAAUGACACUCUGCCGUAUAUAUAGUAGCACAGCUUUGUUCUGUGGGUGGUAUAGAAUAACAAGCCUAGUUGUUGUUUACAACUUUUAUCCGCAGUCCCACAGUGCCCUCUACUGGUCAACAUGUAACAAUAUAAUUAUAUGUAUCUGCAAACACAACAAGCUUCUAAUCACAGACAUGUUAAUAUGUGCGCGCACAAAUUUAAAAUGGCCACCAACCUGUAUAAGGGCCACCUGCCUAUAGCAGCCACUUUUGCCGUUUCCCUUUAGUGGCCGCUAUAGACAGGUUUGACUGUAUUAUUUUUUUGAAUACGAUAAUGGCCCAUAUUCACAAAAUUGAUAUCCCUUUACAUAAAAUUUGGUGGUUAUUUAUUUUUUUAUUUUAUUUUUUAAUCAUUGCGCCUGAAUGUUUUGGUGGUUGGGGACCCCCUACCUUACACCAUGAUUUCGGAUAUGAUAUGCUCAUUUACACGUUUGGAAAAUACUGUAAGAUCGCCACUUUUAUACAAUUGGCUUCUUUAUUUUAUAAUCUAGGAUUCAUGUCUACAUCAACAAAUGUAAUCGUUGAAUUGUAUCGAAUCAAAGCGUAUCUUUUGUACACUGUAUCCAAUCGUGUGUUGUAUCGUUUUUUUAAUCGUAUCUUAACCCGUGUAUGUGUGAUGCAUACUGAAUCGUUUUCCAUUCAGAUUUCCAGUACAUCCAUACUUAUUAUAGAUUAAAGGCUUUUCUAUCUGCAAUGAAUUCUGAGUUAAUUUGGACAAAAUGUGAUUAAUCGUGCUUGAAUAUUUGAAUCGAUUGACAGCCCUAGUAUCUAGACUGGAUAAAGGUUGCAAGUCGUGGCCACUUACAGCUGCUCAGAGUUUCUUCCCUGCGUGAUGACAGCCGUGAACUCCACCUCUCGUCGGGCAUCCACCUCAAACCAGCUGUUGGUUUCCUCGGGCUCUGCGCACCACGCACCCCCGUAAAGAUCCUCCUCACUGGCCGAACCCUGGCCACAGCAGAGCUUUAGUCUGGACCGGUCCGGUGUGAUGGUCCUGCGAGGACGAAUAUGCGGUACCUGCAUGUUGAGUCGGCCCCUCUGAGCCGUGAAGCCAUGAUGGGACUGAGAAGAGGCCAGCAGCUGGUCGUCAUCCACGCGGUGAGACUCCAAACCCAGAGGAGGACACUCUAUAGACGCCACAAAGAAGUCUCGUUCUUUGACAUGAGACACUACGACGCGUCUGGAUUCUGUUGUUGUCUUACUUUUGGGUUCUGGCGGCUGUGAAAUCUGUUUGAGUCGCUCCUCUUCCUCCUCCUCCCACUUCUUCCUCAGACGCUCGGCUUCAGCGCGUAACGACAAAACAAUGUGUGUCAAGAUGUCGGCCGGCACAAACGACUUCCAUGUGUGCCGCGCUACAUCUUCUCUACACCAAAACCUCAAAAGCUCGACACAUGUUUCCUCUGGCGGAUCCUACCGCACUAAAAAGUACAACAUGGACUUGUACUGCACAUAAACUCAUGGCAAACAACAUGCCGAGACCUUUUUCAGCCUUUUCCUUGCGAGCCAUUUCCCGCUCUCGCUCCUCCUCCUCUUGUUUCUUCUUGGACACUGUCAACAAACAAGGACAAGCUGAUGUGCGGAAUGGUCUCCAACGUGCUCGUGAUGGGAAGCGGCGGACGCACGGUCGUCGUAGUCGUACUCUUCGUACCAGGGUCCCACGUAGGGCACGGCGGUGGUCUCCUCUGCAAGGCAGAAGGACGCGUCGUCAUCAUGACCUCCAGGACUGCAGGCGGUGAAAGUACGACGGAACCAUACCUGGAAUGUACAUGAUGACCUCAGGAGUUGUCAGCUGCUUGUUACCUGGAGAAAAAUACCCACAUAAUUACUGACAAGGACUUCAUGACCACAUGAAGAAUGAUGAAGGUAUGCUAGCGUGAACCCUCCUCUGUCUAAGCAAAUUAGCCUUGUGAGAAAGCAUACGCUAACAUGAAUGAAGGCACGGAAGCGAUGGUUUGUGAGGCGAACGCAACAGCCCCAGUGUGGGAAUAUUUUGGUUUUAAACAGAAUGAACAAGGUGAGCGCAUGAACACCGACAGCCGACGGACAGUUUUAUCAACUAGGGAAAAAAACAAUACCGAUGGAGGUGCCUCGGGCAGCGGAGCCUUCUUAUUGAGGCGUUCGGUUGGCAAAUAUAAACAAAACAGUGCAAAAUGGUGCGUGUUCACAGACAGUGUUGCUCGCUACAUUGCAAAAGAAAUGCAAGCAUUCAAUACGGUUAUAUGGCAAAUACUUCAUGAAAACAUGGUCUCAAAAAUGAUCAUUUGGAGCACAAUUAUCGACCAGCAAAAUUUGUUAUCGUGACAGGCAUAGCUGCAUGGAAGAGUUGAGUCUGCAAAGAUGCUAGUCCACUGACCCGGGACGGCCUUAACCAGGUCUGGUUCUUCAGGCUCCUCCCACUUUGGCUGGACUGUGGUCACAUGACUGGUUGCUGUGGAGACACAAUGACAGAAGGUGUAUUAUCGGAGGUAGAACAUCUCAGUGGUCCUGUCUAAGCAAACGUACUUGUGUCCCUGCUGGGUUCCGUCAGUGGCUUCGUCUCAGGCUGCUUUGUGGGAGCCGCUUUGGGUUUCUUGGUGGCUUUGGGUUUCUUUGUGGCUUUGGGUUGUUUGGGCUUCUUGGUGGGCUUUGGAGCUUUGGGCUUUUUGGUGGGCUUUGGGGUUUUCUGCUUCUUUGCUUUGGCCUCCUUCUCUGCCGCCUUCCUAGCUUUG